CUACUGCAACGGGUCAACAAAAUGGACGAAUCCGAUUUUUCAUUUGGUAUAAAAUCCAGCAAAAAGAAACAUGACAAAGCCGAUGCAACAAGUUGCAGUUCCAACAACAACAGCAACAACAACACACAAUACAAUACAGAGGGCCAUCAUGACGAUUCGGCGAAAAAGGAAAUAUUCUCAAUAGCCACGGAUGAGGAUGAAUAUCGUAACGAUAACCCGUAUACGGGGAUUGCAUUGAUUUUCAAUCACAAAGAUGUUAAGGGCCAGAAGCCGCGUGCCGGCACUGAAAAAGACAGAGAUGAUAUGCAAAAUACCCUAUUGAAGUUCGGCUUUGAUGUACGGGUCUAUGAUGAUUUGACCUUUGCGGAAGUUAGUGAAAAAUUGAAAGCAACUUCCCAAGAAGAUCACAGUCAAAAUGAUUGUCUUGUGGUGGUGGUAAUGUCCCAUGGGCUGGAAGGCAAGGUAUAUGCUCGAGAUAUGAGCUAUCCCGUGGAACGUUUGUGGAACCCAUUUUUGGGUCAGAAUUGUAAAUCGUUAAUCAAUAAACCCAAAUUGUUCUUUAUACAGGCAUGUCGUGGAGAGAACUUAGAAAAGGCUGUUACCUAUACAACAGAAUUUGCACCCAUGUCACGGGCUUUGGAUGCCACGCCCGCCAAACCACCAACCAUAACUUAUGCCAUACCCAAUACGGCGGAUAUUUUGGUUAUGUAUUCGACAUUUGAAAAAUUCUAUUCAUUCCGCAAUGUGGAAAGUGGUUCCUGGUUCAUACAAACUGUUUGUGAGGUAUUCAAUCGUGCCGCCAAAACUGAUGCUAUCACCGAACAAGGUGCAGAAUUGUUGAAGCUGCUGACAACUGUCAACCGCAUGGUGGCCUAUGAAUAUCAAUCGAAUGCCCGCCUAGAGGCAUUCAAUCAAAUGAAAGAGAUGCCAAAUUUUAUGUCGACUCUGACAAAAACCUUCUAUUUGCGUGUCAAGAAGCCGAGACAAUGA